GAGAGAGAGAGAGCGAGAGCGAAAGCGCUCGAGCGCCGGCGGGCUCGCCCAGGUCUGUUUCCAAAGUCGCCCUUGAUGGCGGCGCAGGCGAGGCAGGCGCGGCGCGGAUCCGCCGACACGCGCUAGAGGGUCCGCCUGCCGCCGCCCCUUCCCCGCCGCCCUCUGCCCUCCGCGCCCGUGUGCGCCCCGCACCCCGGGCGCGCCCCGGCCCUCCAGACGUCUGCGGUCCGGACCGAGAGGGAUCCUGCUCCUCUUCCCGCGGCUUCCAGCACCGUUCCUUCCCCCGGGCUGGGGAGGGAGGCGGGAUUGAUCUUCGAUCGCGAAGAUGGCUGCUGGCUGCCUGCUGGCCUUGACUCUGACACUUUUCCAAUCUUUGCUGAUCGGCCCCUCGUCGGAGGAGCCGUUCCCUUCGGCAGUCACUAUCAAGUCAUGGGUUGAUAAGAUGCAAGAAGACCUUGUCACACUGGCGAAAACAGCAAGUGGCGUCAGUCAGCUUGUUGAUAUUUAUGAGAAAUACCAAGAUUUGUAUACUGUAGAACCCAAUAAUGCACGCCAGCUGGUGGAAAUUGCAGCCAGGGAUAUCGAGAAACUUCUCAGCAACAGAUCUAAAGCCCUGGUGCGCCUGGCUUUGGAAGCAGAGAAAGUUCAAGCAGCCCACCAGUGGAGAGAGGAUUUUGCAAGCAAUGAAGUUGUCUACUACAAUGCUAAAGAUGAUCUGGAUCCUGAAAAAAAUGACAGUGAGCCAGGCAGUCAGAGGAUAAAACCUGUUUUUAUCGAUGAUGCUAACUUUGGACGACAAAUAUCCUAUCAGCAUGCAGCAGUCCAUAUUCCCACGGACAUCUAUGAGGGCUCAACAAUUGUGUUAAAUGAACUCAACUGGACAAGUGCCUUAGACGAAGUUUUCAAAAAAAAUCGAGAUGAAGACCCUUCAUUGCUGUGGCAGGUGUUUGGCAGCGCCACAGGCCUGGCCCGGUAUUAUCCAGCUUCUCCAUGGGUUGAUAACAGCAGAACUCCAAACAAGAUUGACCUUUACGAUGUACGCAGAAGACCAUGGUAUAUCCAAGGAGCUGCAUCUCCUAAAGACAUGCUUAUCCUGGUUGAUGUGAGCGGUAGUGUAAGUGGUUUGACACUGAAACUGAUCCGAACGUCUGUCUCCGAAAUGUUGGAAACCCUCUCAGAUGACGAUUUUGUGAAUGUAGCUUCAUUUAACAGCAAUGCCCAGGAUGUAAGCUGUUUUCAGCACCUUGUGCAAGCAAAUGUAAGAAAUAAGAAAGUACUGAAAGAUGCAGUAAAUAAUAUUACUGCGAAAGGAAUCACAGAUUACAAGAAGGGCUUUAGUUUUGCUUUUGAACAGCUGCUUAAUUAUAAUGUUUCCAGAGCCAACUGCAAUAAGAUUAUCAUGUUGUUCACGGAUGGGGGAGAAGAGAGAGCCCAGGAGAUAUUUACCAAAUACAAUAAAGACAAAAAAGUCCGUGUAUUCACGUUUUCAGUUGGUCAGCAUAAUUACGACAGAGGCCCUAUUCAGUGGAUGGCCUGUGAAAAUAAAGGUUAUUAUUAUGAAAUUCCUUCCAUUGGAGCAAUAAGAAUCAAUACUCAGGAAUAUUUGGAUGUACUGGGAAGACCAAUGGUUUUAGCAGGAGACAAAGCUAAGCAAGUCCAAUGGACAAAUGUGUACCUGGAUGCACUGGAACUGGGACUUGUCAUUACUGGAACUCUUCCGGUCUUCAACAUAACCGGCCAAGUUGAAAAUAAGACAAACUUAAAGAACCAGCUGAUUCUUGGUGUGAUGGGAGUUGAUGUGUCUCUAGAAGACAUUAAAAGACUAACACCACGUUUUACAUUGUGCCCCAAUGGCUAUUAUUUUGCAAUUGAUCCUAAUGGUUAUGUUUUAUUACAUCCAAAUCUUCAGCCAAAGCCUAUUGGUGUAGGUAUACCAACAAUUAAUUUAAGAAAAAGGAGACCCAAUGUUCAGAACCCAAAAUCUCAGGAGCCAGUAACUUUGGAUUUCCUUGAUGCAGAACUAGAGAAUAAUAUUAAAGUGGAGAUUCGAAAUAAAAUGAUAGAUGGAGAAGAUGGAGAAAAAACAUUCAGAACUCUGGUCAAAUCUCAAGAUGAGAGAUACAUUGACAAAGGAAACAGGACAUAUACAUGGACGCCUGUCAAUGGCACAGAUUACAGUUUGGCCUUGGUAUUACCAACCUACAGUUUUUACUAUAUAAAAGCCAAAAUAGAAGAGACAAUAACUCAGGCCAGAUCAAAAAAGGGCAAAAUGAAGGAUUCAGAGACACUGAAGCCGGAUAAUUUUGAAGAAUCUGGCUAUACAUUCUUAGCACCAAGAGAUUACUGCAGUGACCUUAAAAUAUCAGAUAAUAAUACCGAGUUUCUUUUAAAUUUCAAUGAGUUUAUUGAUAGAAAAACUCCAAACAAUCCAUCAUGUAACACAGAUUUGAUUAAUCGAGUCUUACUAGAUGCCGGUUUUACAAGUGAACUUGUCCAAAAUUAUUGGAGUAAGCAGAAAAACAUCAAGGGAGUGAAAGCACGGUUCGUUGUGACUGAUGGUGGAAUUACCAGAGUUUAUCCCAAAGAGGCUGGAGAAAAUUGGCAAGAAAACCCAGAAACGUAUGAGGACAGCUUCUAUAAAAGGAGCCUCGAUAAUGAUAACUAUGUUUUCACUGCUCCCUACUUUAACAAAAGUGGACCUGGUGCUUAUGAAUCAGGCAUUAUGGUAAGCAAAGCUGUAGAAAUAUAUAUCCAAGGAAAACUUCUUAAACCUGCAGUUGUUGGAAUUAAAAUUGAUGUAAAUUCCUGGAUAGAGAAUUUCACCAAAACAUCAAUCAGGGAUCCGUGUGCUGGUCCAGUUUGUGACUGCAAAAGAAACAGUGAUGUUAUGGAUUGUGUGAUUCUAGAUGAUGGUGGGUUUCUUUUGAUGGCAAAUCAUGAUGAUUAUACAAACCAGAUUGGAAGAUUUUUUGGCGAGAUCGAUCCCAGUUUGAUGAGACACCUGGUGAAUAUAUCGGUCUACGCUUUUAACAAAUCUUAUGAUUAUCAGUCAGUUUGUGAGCCCGGCACUGCACCAAAACAAGGAGCCGGGCAUCGCUCGGCAUAUGUGCCAUCAAUAGCAGACAUAUUACACAUUGGCUGGUGGGCCACUGCGGCUGCCUGGUCUAUUCUACAGCAACUUCUUCUAAGUUUGACCUUUCCACGACUUCUUGAAGCAGUUGAGAUGGAAGAUGAAGAUUUUACAGCCUCUCUGUCAAAACAGAGUUGCAUUACUGAACAAACCCAGUAUUUCUUCGAUAAUGAUAGUAAAUCAUUCAGUGGUGUAUUAGACUGCGGAAACUGUUCCAGAAUCUUCCAUGUAGAAAAGCUUAUGAACACCAACUUAGUAUUCAUAAUGGUUGAGAGCAAAGGGACUUGUCCCUGUGACACCCGACUGCUCAUACAGGCAGAGCAGACCUCCGAUGGUCCAGAUCCUUGUGAUAUGGUUAAGCAACCCAGAUACCGAAAAGGGCCUGAUGUCUGCUUUGAUAACAAUGUCUUGGAGGAUUAUACCGACUGUGGCGGUGUUUCCGGAUUAAGCCCCUCCCUGUGUGCCAUCAUCGGAAUCCAGUUUGUACUACUUUGGCUUUUAUCUGGCAGUAGACACUUCCAGUUAUGACCUUCCAAAACCAAAUCUGCAUAAUUAAACUCCAGACCCUGCCAAAACAUGAGCCCUCGAUUGCAUUGAUACAGGGUCAGUCAUGGGAUGAGCAGAACACUAGCUGGGCCCAUAUCCUGGCAUACGUCUAAGGCACAGACUCGCAAGGCACCCACUGGCUGCAUGUCAGGGUGCCAGCCCCUUAACCUUGUGUAAAUGCUGCAUCGUCCAUGUCUAACAUCAAAGCAAAAUUCUAUAUGUGCUCUACUGGGAAAUUCGAGAAUUUCUUGUUGCAUUGUUGGUGGCUCCAUGUAAAAGGGCUCCCCACACAAUUAUUUAUGAAUCAUACAAAUUGUCUUGAUUUUGACCUGGAAUUUUGACUUGCUGCAAUCCUUGUCCUUUUUUUUUUUUUUUUUACCUAGAAAAUCUCUAGGGGGGUAAAAAGUUAUUUCUUUGCUUUCACUUA